UUGAGCCGUUCAAUUACACUUUGGAUAUACAAAGCUGAAACAUCCAGGGAGUUCAUGUGAGCAGACGACAUGGCAGAAGGUGGACAGCAAAACCAGCAGCAAGCUGUAUAUCACAUUACUAUUUAUACAGCUCAGAACCAGAGGGAAAUUGUCCAAACAAGGACAACUGAGAUUGCUGCAGGGGAGAUUGGACAGAUAAAUAUUUCACAGGCAGCUGAACAACAGAAUGUCGGUCAACAUCAGCCAGCUGGCAACGUUCAACCAAAUAAUAUCGCUGAAGGUAUCGAUGCUUUGAAUUUAUCCCAAAAAAAUACCGAGGCUUCUGAGACUGGAGCAAUCGAAAAGAAAGAUGAUCGCAAACUCCAAGACAUUCCAAAAGAAUCUGCAAGAGAAAGAAUGGUGCAACAAAAGCAAAGGCCGCUGCCAUCUCUCAACACUGCAAAAGGUGGAAAUAACACUCUGAAGAGUUCAAUGCUGCGAAGCAGAGCAACAGCAUUGAUUGGACAAACUAAGUUUGAUAAAGCAGCAACUCUACUUGAGGAACUUGCUAAACUGCAGAAAUGUACGGAACUAGACACGGCACUUAUGAUGGUCGAAUGUUAUCUGCAACUUGGGAGAGAAAAGCAAGGUGAAAAAGCCAUUGAUGACGUCAGACUGGCAAUCAUGGCAUCAGUUGUCGCUGAUGACGUCAAAACCCUCGCGAUCGAUUUGAUUUCGAAUUCUGCUUACAUUCGCGCUAUAAUAUUGCUUCGAAUAGCAAGUGAUAUCUACAAGGCUCGCACAAGAACACCCGAUGAUGUAAUAAAUUGGAUUAAACUUUGUGUCCGUAAGAUACAUGAUGCUACAAGGUCAUUGAUAGGAGCCGGUGGUCGAUCUAAAAUUAUAGGAGUGGAUUACGGCAUAGAAUAUAUGACAGAGAUGCUGGAUGAUAUUCGCGCAAUAGAAAACGCUGAUCCAGUGAAUAAAGCAAUACAAGAGGCUUGGUGCUUGAAUUACAUUGGAUCUAACUAUAACCCGGCAGGUGAAAAGGAGAAAAGUAUAAAAAUACUAAAGAAUGGACUGGAGGUUUUGGAGAAACAGUUCGGGUCAAACGCUUCAAAAUAUCAAAUCUACGGUUUAUUGCUGCAUAAUAUCGGUGUAGGGUAUUAUGUUCUGCAGAAAUAUGAAGAAGCAGAAUCUUAUUAUAUUAAAGCCAUUGGAGCCAACCAGAAGGCCUCGGAUUAUGAGAAUGAAGCUGAGAAACAGGAAAAGAUUGAAUAUACAAAAACUGAGCUCAAGAAAACUCGCGCAAUUAACCUGAUAUCCGCAUCGCAUAUUCACAACAAAUUGUAA